AUGGGGUUGCCACCGAAUGACUCAUAUGAGGUCGGGUGGAUAUGCGCUCUUUACGAGGAGUUUGCUGCCGCGCAGGCCAUGCUUGAUGAAGAGUAUGGCAUCAUUCAGCACAAGGAUGCCAAGGAUGUUAACACCUACGCGGCGGGUCGAGUACACAAGCACAACAUCGUCAUUGCAUGCUUGCCAGCAGGAGUUGAUGGGACGACCGCUGCCGCGACAGUGGCGCAGAACAUGCUGAGGACAUUCCCGCAGAUACGGAUCGGUCUUCUCGUUGGGAUCGGAGGGGGAAUCCCACAUCUCGAAAAGGAUGUUGAUAUUCGCCUUGGCGACGUGGUUGUGAGUCAGCCGGAUGGCGAACAUGGUGGUGUGGUUCAGUAUGACAAAGGGAAGAUAGUGACAACGGACGAAGACCUCGGUCUGGGCAUGUUACGUGCCAAGCAUGAAAUAGAAGAAAGCCAGAUGGCCAGCUACCUGAGAAGGAUGAUGGAGCGGAAACCCAAAAUGAAGAAGACCGGCUACGGCUUUCCCGGGAAUGAUCAGGAUCACUUAUUUGGGUUGAGACCGUAUAGACUCAACGAAUCACGUGCAGAUACAGAUACCAAUGUCAUCGCAACAAAAGACCUAGUGGAAGUCGUUCGACCACAUCGAGGACACCAAUGA